ACAAUAAGCCUAUUUAUCUGUUAUUUACAUCUAUAAUCGUUGAUUAUUUUUUUCUAAUUUAAAAACAUUUACGUUUCCGAGCUUCAGUCUUUGUGUUUAAUUCUGCGGAAUUAUUAUAUAAAUUGUGAACUUUGUAGUCCAUCUGUUUAACAAUAUGGUGAUUUCGUGUUCCGCUUAUGGAUGCUCCAAUAAAUGGAGUCGUCAAGGACCCAUUCAUUUCCACAAAUUUCCAUUUCGAAGUCGUGUUUUAUGUGAAAAAUGGAUAUCAGCGUUGAAACGCAAAGAUUUCGUGCCGACCAGAGCGAGUCUCGUGUGCAGUGCCCACUUUACAGAAGACGAUUACGUACAAAAGCCAGAAUUGACCAAAAAACGAUUAAGAAGCGACGCCGUACCAUCGGUAUUCAAUUUUCCAGUCACCGAUAUGUCGAAUCCUUAUCAGAUGAACCAGUAUCCGCCACAAUCGGCGUAUAAUUCGAACGGCAAGAAGCGACGCAGUAAGAAAAUUUAUAAUCCUGUAGACGAAGUAGACUUCGAAACGUUAACUCGGAUGACGGAUAAUUCGCUUCUCAACGAAAUAACUGCGGGUACUAGACAGGGCAAUUAUACCGCAGAAGAGAUAACCUUGACAAGUAAAGGUAAAUCCUUAGAAGCAAAAGAUAUUGAUUCUUUUAUUCGCGAAUUAGUCGUAUACGAAGAAAUAGACCUUAAAAACAACAGCAAGCCUGAAGGCUAUGGAAAUGACGCAGGACACAACAUAGAUGAUCUCGAAGAUGAUCUAGCACGUAUGGCUGAAGCUGACGAAGACGAUAAAUGUUGUAUAAUUGGAAACAUUUGGGGAGAAAGACUCAAACAACUUCCCACCGAUAUGAGACCCAAAGUGAAGAAAAUAAUUAAUAGAGUAUUCGAAGAAGCUCGCAAAGGUACCUUAUUGUCCACGCAAUUUGACGCUAGUUGGUUCGCGACUCGUUGAAAAAAAUACUCUUCCGCGUGUAAUUUCUUUCGAUUAUUUCUUCGCCAAUUACGGACCGUAAGGUUAUUUGUGUCGGACGUGUCGUGUCCUGCCUUUUAUAAUGGCUCUUAUUUUUGAAAAACCAAAUGGUCGUUUUCUCGAUGAAAGUUAUACGACGAAUUUAUAUUUUACUUAGUCCGAUUGGGCUGCCGAUGUAGUUUUCAUUACUUACUGUUUUUGAUCGAUGUGCUGCAAAGAUAUUGAAUUGAAAUACUUAUUCGCUUUUUAUAAAAUUAUUAUUAUUAUUUAUACGAUAAAUAAUUGUUUAUUCAUUAGAUUGUUUUUUGUUGAAUCCGUUUACCGUUAAAAAUAUUCAUAUAAUCCGGAUCGAUUUCAACUUUCAAAUGAAAUUAAAUUUUGUAAUAAUUUUUAUUGUUUUUAAUUACGUACAUAGGUAAUAGUUUGUUUUCAGUUAGACGUACAAUUUGGGUACUAAUUUAUUUAUCAUAAGUUUUAUAUUUUUGUGUGGCUUUCGAGAUGAAAAAAAAAAACUUAUUUCAUUGAAUUUUCGUUGUUAAAUGUUUCACCUUGGCGAUACAAUCUUCUGACUCUUUAAUACCUUCUUGGUAAUCGUGAUGAACAGCAUUGCGCUGGGCGAGUUGACAAUAUUUCAGCGCUUCGUUCAAAACAUGCGUUUCCAUAUAACAGUAACCUAAAUUUAAAUAAAUGAACGAAAAAUUCUCCAUUUCUGGUAACAAUUUGCCUAAUUUUUCUGCUUCGUGAAAAUAACUAAUAGCGGUAUUCAUAUCACCCUUGUGUUUGUAUAUUGUGCCCAAAUUAUUGAGCAUCAACACAUUAUCUUCGUGUUUCUCUCCGUAUAUUUGCCGGUUAACGUCGUAAGCUUUUUUAAACAACUCUAAAGCUUUGUUCAGCUGUCCUACGUUGUAAUUGAAGUACGCGUAUCCGUUUAAUAAGACUUUAUAUAAUGCUAAGGCGUCUUCGUACUCUUCAUUUUGAUCGUUCAGUUUCGGUUCUAAUUUUUGAAAGCAGAAGUCGUAACCGCUAUGAGCUCCG